AUGAAGGCCAACUUCGCACUCGCCGUCGCCACCCUCGCGACACCGCCAUCGACGGCCAGCUCUUCCGCCUCAACAACUCCAGCCCCAUCAUCUCCCCGGCGUUUCGGAGCCCCCUACAACCCCGCGGACCACUACACCCGCUUUUCCGACUCCGAAGCCGGCAAGCUGCGCGUUAUCCCCACGAACCCCCACCCAGGCCCCGUUUCCGGCUACCUCGCCCUCGCCGAGGACGAGAACGUGCAGGGCGCUCUCCGCCUCGUCGAGACGUGGCAGCCCAACAGCGAGGGUGUGCAGGCUAGUGGGUGGAAGAUCAAGAGGCAGUGCGACGGCACGUCGCUCCUUAGAUUCGGGUCCAGUAGGGAUAACCGGUGGAUCGCCGUUGAGGAGCAGACGGCGCAGGGCGGCAAGCGUUGGAUUCCCUGGUGGGUUACCGGGGAUAUCGUGGGUCUUGAUGAGGAGUCGUACGCGGUCGCCGACGUGUCUGUGCUUGUGACUACAUGCCCCGUCAACUCUAAUGCCGCCGGCGGGUCGAGGACUGCUAGGCUCCUCUCGUAUAAAUUGGAGGCUUACGGAUGGAGGUUGGAAAAGUGUAUCUGA